UUUAUUUGUCGAAUUUCUGGUGCAAGUUGCUGCUAGUUGGUCGGUGAUUAUGCAAGGACUUCUAAGCAAGGAGUAUUUAAGAAUGAUAUCGUUCACUGACUUCGUAGUGCUGCUAACCUUUUGCUGGCUUUUAUUAUAUUUUCCUGAUUUAUUUGUCAAACAGAAAAAGACCAUUGUUUUCGUUGCCUACUGAUUCCGCGCACCCAGUUCACCGUUAACUUUUCGUGCAUUGUCCUUCCCCGCUCAAUGGCCACAGUUGAGCCCAUCGAUAUUCUGCGGCAGAAUUUGGAGUUAGCAAGGGAGCAGCUCAAAACCGUAGAUGACAAUAUCAGGCGCAUAACCGGCCGUGAUCCAUCAGAUGACAGAUUCCCCCGUCGUAUCAACGACACUACUUUCCGACGUCCUGGGACAAAGUCGGCUACAAGGCUACCGGCUCUGAAUCCACCUCGUCCUGAGUUAGUGAAACAGAAGCUUCCUGAUGAAGAUCUUCAAGUUUCCCUGGCCUCUUCCGUUAUAUGCGUCAAUGAAAGCCGCUCUCGUCUGGAAGCUGCAAAAAAUAUGCGCAAAUCAGAUAAAGAUCGCGGCCGUCGUAUGCUUGGCAUUCUACAAGGCACUUUGAACCAGUUUCGUGCAGAAUCCGCCGCCGCAACCAGCUUGCCGCAGAUGACCAAGCGUCGUCAGGUUGAUGCCAAAUUGGAAGCCCGGGCUGAGGAAGAGCGUGAGGUACUUCGGAGAGAACGCGCUCAGCUUUUUCGAUCUCGCCGUGAGCAACAGAUGGAAAUUAACCUUCUGCAACAGAAAGUGCGAGCAGCUAAGGAGUUUGAAUUAUGGAAAUCAGAGACAGAAAAGAUGAUCGGAUUUUGUCGAACAGAAACGGUACCCCACAUCUUUUUCCGCCCAAAAGUACAUAACGAUGAGUCCAAUCGUCGCGUUGAAGAAACAGCAAAGGCUAUUAACAACAUGAUCAACUGCAGACAGCGCAAAUUGAACCUAACUAUCGAUGAAUCAGCCGCCCAGCGUCGUCGUCUGUUUUCCUUACAAUCCGAGCGAGGACAACUAGAUGUUCUUCGGGAUAAUGCGGACAACAGGACUGUUGACGACUGGGCUUCCACUUCCCCACCGCGCAAAUCGUUCACACUUACUAGCCUUGUGCACUCGGUGAAUACAGGUGAUCCAAGCUCGAUGAAGUCACAAAAAUCCAGUGAACCAUCCGGACCAGGUAACUUGGAGACAGGUGACCUUUCAGAUGGUAGUGAGAACCUGGCGAUGGAAGGAGAUGAUGAGCCUGUCUUAAUGGAAGAAGAGGAUCACUUACAGUCCACCCAAUCGGUUAUAUCGUCCGUUACCGUCAAACCAAAAGACUUAGAUUCUUCUCCAUUAAUGAAAAAUGACACGAGGACUGUGCACAUGUCAGCAUGUGAUUGAAUUGUUCGGGAUUGGCAUUUGAGCGGCUUGGGAAUCAUAGGUGUGGACUGUCAAGAUUCUGCCCAACCGUUGUACAAAUUCUUGCUUUUAUCUCUUGUUCUCAUCUCUUAUGUUGCUGGUUUUUGCCAUAUCCGCGAGACGAAGUACUCCUCUGUACACAUGCCAACACGGUGUUUCACGAUACAGCCGAACUUUUUAAAUACACAUUUUUUUGGUAUUGUUCUCCAUUUUGUAGCUAUUAUUUUCCUGUUUGUCUUGUUGCAGUCGAUCUUUACAUCCGAGCAUAAACACUAGACGCAAGCACUUAAUGUACAAGUGGUGUGUGCAAAUGCAUUGUACUGCCAUACUCG